AUGUCAGAGUUUGUAGAUUUUCCAACAAUGGAUGAGAACAAAUUAUUUUUAUUCGCUUUGGGAGUUUAUCAACUAAAACAGGCCAAAAGCUAUUACGGUGAGCACGUCCUUGAUAAUGGAGCAUUCAUUAUUGAGCUCAGCGAUGGCUUAUUAAGUGAAGACUUAGCGGAGUUGCAGAGCAAUGAUUUAAGGAUGAUAAGAGGCAGAUUGCAAUCGAAUCAUGUUAGAGCAAAACAGUGUUAUGUCUACGUUAUAAUCAAUAGAUCGUUUAAUCGGACCGACAAGCAAUCGCUCACUAUUAUUGUUCUUGCAUCAUAA